AUGAGAAAGUUCCCCGAGAGCACUGGUUUCCGGGGGUUGGCAAAGCCAGACUUUUCCAAAAGGGACGAUGUGCUCCUCAAUGGCUUUGGUCGCCCUGACACGCUGAUCCUCGCGCAGGGACACCGUUUCUAUGCGCACUAUGAGGCCUUGAUCCGAUUUGGGGAAGAACGCUUCACAUCAGAAGCAAAAGCGCCAAGCUUAGGACAGAUCCUAGUGCGCUCAAAGUGCUCCGGCACAGAUGUAGGUCAAGACCCUGCAGAGCGCCGAACUGCAGAAGGAGUUCUUGCCUGGCUGCACGCCGUGUACCCUCCGCAGGCAGAAAUCCUGCAUCAUCCUGGAUCUUUUGGUUUGGACUUGGGGAUUUUAACUCUGCUGCUGCCAUUGAUCAGUGCAGAGCGAGAGAAGCAGCUGUCACAGGAGGAUGAUGAGACUGCUUACAAGCGGUUUCGAGAGGAGCACAAUCGAACGAGCACCGGAGAUCAGCUAAGUUACGAGCAACGCCUGGCGAACUUUCGUCGAUUCCGAGCUGCGGUGGAAGAACACAAUGCUCGGCCAGACGUCAGUUGGACAGCGGUCAUUAACCGGUUUGCAGACUACAGCGAAGCCGAAUACAGAGCUCUGUUGGGCCAGAGGCGAACCUGGCGACCAGAAGUCAAAGCAGGACAGGACCAUUACUGUAUCAUGUAA